AUGACUGCAAAGUUCCUUGUCGUCGAGAUCGACGACAAUGCGGCCGCAGUCGAUUUAGUCCAAAUAAUGGUUCGUUUUUUUUUUUCAUAUGCGAGACUCAUUAAAACAAUUUUCUUCAGUUCAAAUUGAAAAUUUACAGUUAGACCGAGGGUUUGGCCGAUUAAUGCUACUCGACGACCUCGGGAAACAUCCCGCGCUUUCCAUGCGGCAAAAAAGGCGGAAUGGGAGCUCAUCACCGUCGACGCCUUCAGAUUCUGCGACCUGCAGUGAAUCUUCAAGGUUUUUCUUACAUUUGAACAGCUCAGUUAUAGGAAAUAUUUCAGAGACCGGCAAAAAGGACUGAAGAUCAUGCAGCUCGCCGACGCGCUUUUCAAAGAAGAAGCGGCCGCCAGAGAAGCGAAUAGUGUCGCCGAAGCCUCAGAUUUAUUAGACCUCCUCACCUCCGCCGCUCCAGAAAUUAUCAGCGUUGGAAGUAUAAAAGAAGAAGCUCAGGUAUGUCUACCGUUCAAAUAUCAGUGAAGCCAAUCAGCUUCAGGAUUUUUUGUUUCAGGACAGCCUGAAUGACACCUUUGCCGACAACGAAGACACGACUUUCGGCUCGUUUGACUUCAGUUCUAACCAAAGUUUGUGUUCAGUACCAAUGUGUACCGUAAACAGCCAUUUGUAGGUCAAUUGGACUUUUUGGCGCAAGCGCGCUGCCUCGUUCCUGACGCGUCGUGCAGUUCGGGUCCUGCCGCGAAAAGAGCCCGAACCGAAAAUGAUCCUGAUAAGGAUUAUCACCAGUGUCAGGUUGGUUAAUUUUGAUAAUAAGAAAAAACUUAAUUCAAAAAUAUUUUGCAUUAAUUUUAAUCAAAGAUGGUCCGUUAUUUUCAAAAAUUUCCCUGUCUUUUGCCCAACCUGACAUAUAAUUCCUAGAAAAGUUUAUAAGGCUUUUUUUGUUAUAAUCUAUUCGCCAAAACUAUAAAAGCUCUGGUCGCAUUUAGAAUGGCUAAACGCGUUGCGGUCGCGCUGAGGCUUUAUAUAAAUUCCUAAAAUUUCUUUCAAAAAGGUUGUUCUGGCUCAAGUCGGUUUUAGUCGGUUACAACCUCAAACUGACCAUUUCACAGCGCUCAAUGAGCCAUUAUCUAUGCGACCAAAGUUUUUUUGAAGUCAAACCGAACUGACUAUAAUUACUUUGAAUUUUUGGUUUUCUUUUUCUUCCAACUCACUGAUAAGAAAAAUAACUUUUUGAAAUCCACUUUUUCAAACUUUCGAGGUAUGUCAAGUUCUGUCCAUUUAUUGUCGGCUUUUCGAUUUCUACACGCCUCUUAUUGGCUAGCCACGCCCAUUUUCAUAUUCCUUAAGAUGGAAAAAGUCGAUUGGUUUUACGGUACAAUUUACCAUUUGUGUAAAAUCUGAGGAGGUGUUGAUCAAUGGAUCAAGAAUUUUAGAGAAAAAAAAAUUUUGUACUAUAUAAAAAAGAGAAACUCAAUUAAAUUUCGAAAACUUUCUUUUCCAAAUUUUUCUUUCCAUCGAGUCUGAAUUUUCAAAACCUAUUUCACUAUAGAGCUCGCCAAAUGAACCUUUCUUUUUGGUGUAGAUUCAAGUUAGAGUUUCGGGUCUCAUGGCGAACUCCACAGUAUCUUAGCUUCUCUGAACGCGUCAUAUGGUCUCCAUUUGUGUAGACUUUGACGAUUUCAAUGUCGAAAAAUAGACGUUUCGGCAAGUCGAAAAAGCAAUGAGAAAGAUUAGUGGCGUGUUUGAUCCACUUGAAAGGGAAUGGAUUUGAAGUUGUGCGGGACGCGAGUGAAGGCGCCGCGCGGAGGCCGCUGGAACCUGCAGAUGCACGUGAUGGCGAUGCACUCGGCGUUGCGGCCCUACAAGUGCCAGAAGUGCGACUUCCAGGACUACAGGUACUCGACCUCGUCUUUGCAGCGAAAAAGAGUCGUUUCAGGAAACCCGGCAUGAGGAAACACUGCAUACUGUCGCAUGGCCACGACAUGGAGCCCGUCGAUAUUAGGUCGGUUUCGAGAAAAUUGAAAGAGCUUAUCGGCGUAUAUCUUGUGAUAAUUUCGAUUAAUGUACUUGAGCGAAGUCAAAAUGAUGAAAAAACGGAACUUCAGAGUGGUCCCUGUAGGGGCAACCUUAGUCCCCCCCUCUAGGGACCACUUUACCAAUCCCUAUGGGGGCAACUAAAGCUUGCAAAAGUGGCCCGUAUUGAGGAAAUGCUAGUGUAUGAUUGCUAUGAACUCUAAAAUAAAAAGGCAUAUCCAUGGGAAAAACUGAAUAAAUAAGCAUUUUUUUGAAUGAAAUUGUAAGACCCCUCUAGGGUCCACUUGAGCUUUAGGGCUAAGGGGUCAGACCCUAAACCCCUAAAGAGCCCACCUUAGUUUUACCCAUGUAGGGACCGCUUUUUCGCCCACUUCAAGGGUUUUUUACUCCUAACUCCUAUUGGGAUCACUCAGGUAUUCCUACGAAUAUACUCAAAAUGAAAAAAUCGAAAGAAAAAAGCCUUUACAACUCCAAAGUGAUUAUAAAUUAGAGUUCGGCCUCAAGUUAGUUCCCGCCCCCCCUCCAAAUUUUGAAAAUGAACAAAAAUAUCUUAAAAGCUGGGAAGUUUUAGGUAAGGAUUACUUUGUAUAAAGUCAAAAAAGGGAGGGAAAACUUCUUGCACAACCUGACGUGAAUAAACCUUUUUCUCUCUGAGUUUUCGUAGAAUUCUUUUCUUGGAGCUUCUCUCUAGCUUCUCUGCCGCUUUAACUUAUUAUCGCAUCAUUUCAAGUCUGAUGUUCUUCUUUUUCAGUUCCGAAGAGAAACGAAUAGAAUGGGACGCCGUGAUGGGCCGAUGUUUCCCGGAGUUUGCCUACCGGACAGGAUUUCUAGCGGAAACCAAGCCGACGUCGUCUGGCGCGCUCGCCGUUGAAUAG